AUGGGACGAACCCAGCUCCCGGAUCCUGAGUCCAGGGAAAUCAGUAGCCUACGGACUGCGCUUCUCGGUUCUGAAGAAUGGUGUUUGUUGUAUACAGGAUACAGUGAAGGCCACCAACACGCCUGCCACGCUGGGUAUCCCGGGCUAUGUGGUACCUAUCGACCUUGCGGCUCGACCUUACGCCUUUCGCUCUUGAAUUUCCGAGAUAACUCAUUCAAAAUUACCGAAGAUGAAAACAGCACUCUAUCGCUCACGCCCACUGGCGCAGUAUGGGGUCGAACUAGAGUGAAAAUCGCGUACGAGGAUGGCAAAGUCCAACCAGUACAUUAUUUCAUCACGGACUCGGCACCAACAACAAUUAACAAAUUGGGCGAACUUAAUACCACAAUAUCAUUUUCAUCGGGCUUCAUCUGUCAUAACAUGGGAUUACUCAACCCAUUCUCAAGUCCUCCAAGACCCCCGAGUCUGAAUCUCCGGACUCAGUGA